AUGACGUUCUACCGAGAGGCCGGGCAGAUCAUGAAAUGCUCAUAUACAUUAUUUAGGCAUGAACAGCAUAAACUGAACAUGCAACAGUGCGUGCAAGUGGAGCUCUCAGAUGUGUUUGAUCAGAUUGAGCUCCCCAUCUACCCGGGAGCUAUGUGGCCUCUGACCCAAAGGUGUGACCUUUUCACUUUUAUCUCUUUUGGAGUAAGCCUGGGCCCUGUCAAAGUUCCCCGAGAGACUAAUGACCCGCAAAACCUGGGUUCUGGGAUGCCAGCAAUGUCAGCAACAGCAUCUCUCAAACUGCCCAAAGAGGACAGGGAAAACCAGCACAAGAAGAAUGCAUCUGUGACGCAGAGCUGCCUGGGAGGUCUCCUGCCAGGAUCCUUCCUGAUGCUGGAGCAGGAAGAGAAACUGCAGGACGAUCACCGGAGGCAGCGCGGGGGGUACCUCCUGCCUCUGCCCCUUGCUGCAAGCCGCUCUGCAGGGCUGCAAAUGGCUCUGGUUGCAGGGGCACCGGGGCACAGCCUGCCGGGGCUGCGGCACUGCUCAGCGCUGCGCGGCCAGAAAGCAAACCGCCCGGCAGGUUUGUACGCGGGGACCAGCAGCCCUGCAGGAAUGGGCUCUCCCCUGCUGCUGCUGCUACUGGCCUUGCUGACUGCAGUCACGAAAGCCAAGGUGUUCAGCCAGUGCGAGCUGGCUUACCUGCUCCAGGAAGAGGGGGAAGAGGGGCUGGAUGGCUAUGAGGGCUACAGCCUUGCCAGCUGGCUCUGCAUGGCCUUUUACGAGAGCACCUUCAACACAGCAGCACAGAGCAUCAAAGCGGACGGCAGUACCAACUACAGCAUCUUCCAGAUCAGCAGCCAGCAGUGGUGCACCUCAGAUAACCGCUGCAGAAUGGCUUGCAGGGGCUGGUCUCUGCCCUUGAGUGAGCUCACAGUGUUACUGCUAUUGAGUAACAUUACUGAUGACAUCAUCUGUGCCAAAAGAAUUGCGAGAAACCCACAAGGAAUGUAUGCCUGGAAGGGCUGGGCAAUGCACUGCAAGGGACAAGACCUGUCUGAGUGGGUGGAAGGAUGUGACCUGUGA